GGUUUUUAUUAUUAGUUCAAGGCCUGCGCAUGUUAUAUGCUAGUAAAAAACCUAUGUAAUUCUAAAAUAAUCUGUCGUUGUUACGUGUUCCUCCCACCAUACAUUCAAGUAAGGAUACAUGAAUUGUGGGGUUCCCCGAUGUAUGUAACUCGCAAGUUAUAAUGCAGUGCACGAAUGAAACUUGAUAGUAUGUAUUAGCGGCUCGUCGCCAUAUCAACAACGAAUAUAAGAAUUUGCAUAGUUUAUACAAUUAAACAAUGGGUGCGUUAUUAACUAGUGAACCUACACUUGAAGAACAACGGAAACAAGCGGAAGAAUCGAGGAGAGCGAAAAGUAUUCGCUUGAAAGAGUACGAAAGAGCGCAACAACUGCAGAGACAUGCUGAACAAUUGAAACGAAGAGCUGAACAAUUAAGAGAAGAACGAGCUGAACAACUAAGACAAGAACAACGAGCUGAACAACUAAGGCGACAAAAAUUAAUUAUGGAGAGACGUGGUCAUAUUAUUGGGCCUGUAAAUAUCAUCAAAGAUAUUCCCCACAACAACUGUUACAAGUUAACAAAAUUGUCAUCAAGUUCAUUCAAAUAUCAAGAGAUUCAAAGCAGAUUUUCUAUAACCGGCAAGUAUUACAUGAAAGUAAUUUCGAUUGAGAGUAUUGACAACCCCAUACAGAGAGCUAUGUAUGAAUUAAAGAAAAGUGAAACAAUGAAAAUAUACAAAACUAAUUCGUGCACUGAAGAAGAGUUGUAUCAUGGAACACUGCAACGUCAUUUCGAUUCCAUUUGCAAAAAUAAUUUGGAUCGCCGCAAGUGCGUACAUCAUAAAUUCGGACAUGGCGUCUCAUUCAGUCCAAUCUCUUUCUACGCCACUCAUUAUUGUGAUAAAGGUGCUGCUGUUAAAAUCAUGCUGGUGUGCAAAGUUAUAAGGAUACAAUCAACUAUGGGGACGCAAUUUACCAAAGUGCCUGAAAGAGGGUAUGAUUGCACACAAAAUGUCAAAGGGGAUGUUAUUGUCAAGUAUGAUGAUGAUACAUACUAUCCAAAGUACGUUAUCAAAUUUACAAUGAGCAGAGAGGUACAGAAUGUGAAUUCUUUGAUGAGCAAUCUAAGCUUAGAUUAAUUACGGUACUAACUAUAUUAAUUAAUUAAGUGAUAACUGUAUGCGUUUAAUUUUAUGUGUUAUGUUUGAAAUAUUGUAAUUAUUAUAGUUAUCUCUGUAUCAGAAUAUGUCAAAAAUUUUAUAAUAAAGUUAUAUAAAAAUGUGGAAUUCAAA